UGAUGGGGCUUUGUGUAAUUAGCCCACAUUUCAAACCCCAAAAAUGAUGAGCAGGAUGACGAGAAACUGUUUUGGAAUAACUUAAGGAUUUACGUUUCUAUGCUGGAGAUACUUUGAAUGAGGUUGGAUGGAAAGAUAAUGAUGUACUCAAUUCGAAGUCUGCCCACAAUGCUGUAUCGUGAACGUGCAGAGGAGGAUGGGUUUGAGGACAUGACACAGCUUGAGGACCUGCAUGAAGGUGCUGUGUUGCUGAAUUUGAAGAAAAGAUUUGAACGCAAUUUGAUAUAUACUUACAUUGGAAGUAUUCUGGUGGCUGUUAAUCCCUACAAGAUGUUCAACAUCUACGGAACAGACAUGGUUCUACAACACAAAGGGCAUGCGCUUGGAGAGAAUUCUCCACAUCUAUUUGCUAUUGCAAAUGCCUCAUACACAAAAAUGAUGGAUGCCAAAGAAAACCAGUGCAUUAUUAUAAGUGGGGAGAGUGGCUCUGGUAAAACAGAGACCACAAAGCUAGUUCUCCGGUACUUAGCCGCAAUACAUCACAAACAGAAUAUCACACAGCAGAUUCUUGAAGCAACGCCUCUUUUAGAGUCUUUUGGAAAUGCCAAAACUGUGCGGAAUGAUAACUCCAGUCGAUUUGGGAAAUACAUGGAAAUAUUUAUGGAAGAAGGGGUAAUCAGCGGUGCCAUAACCUCACAGUAUCUACUUGAAAAGUCCAGGAUUGUGUUUCAGGCCAAAGAUGAAAGAAACUAUCACAUUUUUUAUGAGAUGCUUGCAGGCCUUCCUUCACAGCAGAAGCAGUCUUUCUACCUUCAAGACGCCGAGACGUAUUAUUACCUCAAUCAGGGUGGAGACUGUGAGAUUGUUGGCAAGAGUGAUGGGGAGGAUUUCCGCAGGCUCCUAAGUGCCAUGGAAAUACUUCACUUCAGUGUUGAAGACCAGAACGGUAUCUUCAGAGUCCUGUCUUCCAUCCUUCACUUAGGAAAUGUCUUCUUUGAGAGAUAUGAGACUGAAUCUCAGGAAGUGGCAUCAGUUGUGAGUGCUCAGGAGAUCCGAGUGGUGGCUGAACUUCUACAGAUUUCCCCAGAGGGUCUACAGAAGUCCAUUACUUUCAAAGUCACGGAAACAAUGAGGGAGAAGAUCUACACGCCCCUGACUGUUGAGAGUGCAAUCGAUGCCAGAGAUGCAGUUGCCAAGAUCCUGUAUUCCCUUCUGUUCAGCUGGCUAACAGACAGAAUAAAUACGCAGGUUUAUCCUCGGAACGAAGCACUAUCCAUCUCCAUCCUUGAUAUCUAUGGAUUUGAGGAUCUCACCUUCAACAGCUUUGAACAGCUUUGCAUAAAUUAUGCAAAUGAGUACCUUCAGUUCUUUUUCAACAGGGUCAUUUUUAAAGAAGAACAAGAUGAAUAUAGCAGAGAGCAAAUCAACUGGGAAGAGGUACCUUUCUCUGACAACCAGGCCUGCAUAGACCUCAUUGCAGCAAAGCCCCAUGGGAUACUCCGGAUUCUUGAUGAUCAGAGCGGGUUUCCACAGGCUACAGACCAUACCUUCCUUCAGAAAUGCCACUAUCACCAUGGCAACAAUCCACUGUAUUCCAAGCCAAAAAUGCCUCUCCCUGAAUUUACUAUCAAGCAUUUCGCUGGGAAGGUCUCCUAUCAGGUCCAUAAAUUUCUGGAUAAGAAUUACGAUCAAGUUCGCCAGGAUGUUCUUGACCUUUUUAUUCAUAGCAAAAACAAGAUGGUUGCAUAUCUGUUUAUGAGCUAUGCUGAGACCCUCAACCAGCAGAGAUCUCAUGUUGGGAAGAACAGCACAGUAACACGGCGCCAUCAGGCCUCAACGGUGGCGGCCAAGUUCCAACAAUCCCUCAUGGAGCUCAUUGAAAAGAUGGAGAGAGCCAACCCAUAUUUUGUGCGAUGCAUAAAGCCAAAUCAGAACAAGGAGCCUGCUGUGUUUGACAUGGAGCUGGUCAGUGCCCAACUUAACUACUCUGGGAUUUUAGAAACCAUUCGAAUCAGGAGAGAGGGCUAUCCGAUCAGAAUGCCAUUUGAUGUCUUCCUUUUCAGAUAUAAAUCACUGCUAGGCCUCAAACAGCCUCCACCUGCCAAUGGUGAAAACUGUGUCAUCAUGUUAAGGAAGCUUUGCCCUGUUAGACAAGGAUCGUUUCAAGUCGGUGUCACUAAGUUGUUCAUGAAAGAGGACGUCUACUUCCUGUUGGAGAGUAAGAGGGACAGAGUAAGGCAUGUGGCUGCCCUGACUCUGCAGCGUUACACCAGGAUGUUCUUUGUGAGAAAACGCUAUAAAGCCUUCCGCAUGAAGAUCAUACGGCUGCAGGCCCAUUGCCGAGGCUUUCUCACAAGGAAGCGAUAUGUGAAAAUGAGAGCUAGCCUUGUGAAAUUACGCUCUCUGGUCCAUAUGUAUGUUAAUCGCAAGAGAUUUAUUAAGCUGAGAUACGAGGCCAGGAGAAAGGCAGAAGAGGAGCAAAGGAGAAUAGAAAUGGAGCUGUCAAAGCGGGAAGUGGUCAACGUCACUCAUCUGGUCAUUCCAGCUGAACUCGGAGCAUUGCUGCAAGCCGCCUCUGGUGGUAGGGAGCUCCAUUCCGAUUGCUUGGCUUUAGUCCAGGCUCCCACCGUUCAGGUGGAGUCACAGAUCACUCUACCUCUUGACAUCAACAAUUACACUAUCUCUAAAUUUGUCCAGAUUCACUUUAAAGAGCCUAAGUUUGGAAUGUUAACUGCACCUUUGAAGACACCACUAACACACAUUGACGAUGAUCUCACACAUGAGGCUCUAGACGCCUUUGUCAUGAUCUUAAGGUUUAUGGGUGACCCACAUCUCAAUGGUGCUCAGGAGAAUUUAUUUGGGAACUACAUCAUCCAGAAGGGGCUUACCAACACUGGUCUGCGGGAUGAAAUCUUAUGUCAAAUUGCCAAUCAGGUUUGGAGAAACACCAAUCCAGAAAACUCAGAGAGGGGCUGGCUGCUGCUACUGGCCUGCCUGAGUGCGUUUGCACCAUCAGCCAAAAUUGAGAAAUGCCUUCUGAAGUUUGUCUCAGAUCAUGCCUAUAAUGGAUUCAAAGCUGUCGGCCAACAGAAGCUCAUUCAAGCCAUGCAGAAGUCUCUGUAUGGACCGGAGACAGCGAGGACUUACCCACUGUCCCUGCUGGAAUGGACAGCCAAUAGGAAGAAAGCAAACAUGGUUUUGCAAGUACACUGUUUUGAUGGGACAUCUUCCCUGUGCCCUGUGCACUCCUGGACGAGUGGGGAGGAGUUGGCUGCAGAUAUUCUACAGCACAGGGGCGUGAACGAUGCCUGGAAGGGGUGCUCUGUUGUCAUGAAGGAGCACGGACAGUGGGCGGAGCUCGCAGGGCACGAUUACGUAAUGGACUUGAUCGCAGACAUGGAACUGAUGAGAAAUUUUCCAAAGCAAAAAUCCUACUUCAUCAUCUCCGCCGAGAGUCCCACCAGAACCAGGCCCAAUGCCAGCCUGGCUCUGUUUGGAAGUGGAUUUGAUUCUGAUGAUGACAACUCACUUCUGCUCCCUCAGACAAUGCUGAGCACCAGUCUCCCAGAUUCAGAUGGCUAUUACAGCCACGAAUCAGACUUCAGUGAAGCACCAACUCAGAAAGGCAUGGACAGAUAUCUCGACAGCCUGUUUGACCCAGUGCUUUCUGAUGGUAAUGGGGAUUUUGAGAAGUCAUCCAGCAUGUCUAGCCGUAUGAAGGGAGCUGGCGGGAUUGGAGGGGAGGAUGGUGACAUAGUGAAGCCCCUCUCCAGCAGGCCUUAUCCCCCCGGACUGCAGCCUGGUGCGGUGCCAGUUCUACCUGUUAUGGGAGGAACAAUGAUGCCACCUAUACCUAUGCCAGCUAUGCCCUCUGUGCCUCAUGCCCCUACCGCCGUACCCUCAGUACCCAUAAUGCCUUCUAUGCCAGCCUUGCCUGCUAUGCCACCUUUGCCAGCUUUGCCUAAUGUGCCACCAAUGCCUGAUAUGUCAGAUCCAGCUGUCAUAGCACAGCAACAGCAAGCCAUCAUCAACCAGCAAGCGAUUAUAUUGGCUCAGCAGAUGACAAUGCAGGCCAUGGCCCUUCAGCAGCAGAUGUAUAAUUCAGCGCACCACACACACAGCGAGCAUGUGCCAGCUCCCCGCUCCAGCCAGUACAGUCCUACUAAACAAGAAACUGGACCUGUUUCCUACAAACCAACCCCUGCUUCCCCACCACAGAAACCUUCACAGAGACAGUAUAGCCCAACUAGGAGGGAUCCACCAGCGGGGGACUUGGUGAGAGGCACUAUCUCAAACACAGAACACUUAGAGCCAAGUCACAACAUCAAAGACAUUAUCAAGCAGUAUCAGACUAACCCUGUAAAACCAGCAGAGUUGCCCAGGAGGGAAGCUAAAGUGUUUUUGAGGAAACCAGACCCCCAUGACGAAGCUAUGUUGAUUCUUAAGGACCAGAUGAGUGCUCCACCUUCACAGCAAAAGAAAACCUACACUCCAGUUUCUCCUUCGUCUUCUGCAAAGGAGUUUGAUUAUGACCACCAUGGGCCACUAAAACCAGCAAAAAGCAUAAAAACGAAGCGAUCACCUCCUGUGCCAGCUGUCAGUCAGAGAUUCCCAGCUCCCGCUCCUGUAUCUAGAGAACUUCCAGUUGAAGAGGAGAAUAUUCAGACUCAGCUGCACAAGAGGAGCAGUGAAGAGCACUACACCUACACCAAUGUACCCUGGAAAAUCUACUUGAGGAAAGAGGUUUUUUAUCCGAAAGACAGCUUCAACCACCCGCUGAUACUAGACCUCUUGUUUAAGCAGAUUGUUCAUGACACAUUCUCAGAGGCUUGCAUUCGCAUUACAACGGAAGAAAGGGAGAAGAUGAAAUCCCUUUUUGUGGAGCAAAACGUUGACAUCAAUGCCACAAUCCAGGAUGAAAAUGUGAAGAAGAAGAUUGUGGUUGCCGCAAGAGACACCUGGGAGAUCUACUUCUCACGCCUCUUCCCAGCAUCUGGCAGUGUUGGCACAGGGGUCCAGGUGCUGUCUGUAUCUCAUAGAGGAAUCAAGCUUUUGAAAAUGGUCAGGAGCAGUGCAGUAGCCCCAGACUACUUCAGGGUUCUACGACCCUACAGCUAUACAGACAUCAUGUUUGUCACCAUUCCUUCCAAAAACAUGUUGGAGUUCAACCUCACCAAUGAGAAACUGAUUCUGUUCUCUGCCAAAGCUCCUCAGGUUAAAACUAUGAUUGACUACUUUAUCACAGAGCUGAAAAAGGACUCAGACUAUGUUGUUGCUGUGCGUAAUUACAUUACAGAUGACAGAACGCUGCUGAGUUUCCACAAGGGAGACAUCAUACGCUUGCAGAAAAUGGAAGGCUUGGAUGCAGGCUGGAAGUUUGGGGCCAUUCAUGGACGAUCUGGGGUUUUUCCUGUGGAGUUUGUACAGCCAGUGGCUGCUCCUGACUUCAUUAGCAUUCCUGUGGACAAGAAAGAGGAGCCCAAGAAUAAGCAGGGGCGCGUGGCCGCCUCGGCCGCUGUGGCUGUAGCUGUGGGGUCCGCUGCCGCAGCCCAUGAACUGGGCCGGUCCAUUGAGGUGGCGUCUCCUGUCAGUGAGUAUGCAGAGGCCUUUACAGACAGUGCUGAUAUGGACAUCGAUGAGAGAAUCUUUCAAGACAGCCAGUACAACAUGGUGGAGUUUGCCAAGAAAUAUUUCAGAGGGGCCCAGAGAAACAACGGUGAUUCAUAUAAGAAAAAGUCAAAGAAGACAAAGGAAUCCAGAGAACCGUCAGAAAUGGUGAAAUUUUCCAAGUCUCCAAUUCAAGAGUCCCUGAUCGAGUUCACUGAUGAAAAUAUGAACAGAGUAGCUGGAGAGAUUUUUCUUGCUAUAAUGAAGUUUAUGGGAGACUACCCAAUGAAAGGUCAGGCCGAGCAGGACGUUGUGAGCACCAUCCUAAGGUUGAGUGGCGAAUACGGAUUAAUGAAGGAUGAAGCGUACUGCCAAGUCCUCAAGCAGAUCACUGGAAACACCAGCUCCAAGACGGAGAGUUGUCAGAGGGGCUGGAGGCUGCUGUACAUCCUCACUGCAUUCUACAAGUGUUCAGAGGCGCUCAAGCCUUACCUGCUUAAACACCUUCAGGAUGUCUGUGCAAGUCCCGGGGUGCACUUUCAAGGCAUUGCCAAGGCUUGUGAGCAGAACCUAAGGAAGACGUUCCAAUACGGUGGACGUGUUGAGCAUCCUAAUGGGAUGGAAUUGAAAGCUAUGCUGGCUGGAAGGAGCUCCAAGCGCCAGUUGUUUCUUCUUCCUGGUGGAAUUGAACGCCACCUAAAGAUCAAAACCUGCUCAGUGGCUCUGGAUGCCAUUGAAGAGCUGUGCUAUGAGAUGGGUCUGCAUAAACUUGAGGCUUUGGAUGAAUAUGCUGUAUUUGUUGUCACAAACAGAGGUCAGAAUGUCCGGCCUCUGAACAAAAGGGAGUACAUCUUGGAUAUUGCUACAGAGGCUGAACGCGUUGAUAGCAACUACAGUCUGUGGUUUCGAAGAGUGAUAUGGACGCAGCCACUAAAGUUUGACAACGAGCUCGGAGUCACUAUGCAUUACAAUCAGGUGUCCCCUGACUACUUGAAAGGGCUGCUCAAUGUUGUCCCACAGGGUAUGGCCAGUGAGCAGCAGCUUCAGCAAGUGUCAAAACUGGCAGCCCUGCAACAUCGUGCCAAGGACUCGCUCUACCUGCCGUCCAUCCUUGAGGUUCAGGAGUGUAUUCCCACCCAACUCUUUGGUCUCCAGCGGCCCCAGCAGUGGUUAAACAUGGUAAACCAGCAUAUGCAGCAGGUGCAGGCCCUCAGUCCCCAUCAGGCCAAAGCACAAUUUUUGGGGCUUGUGAGUGCUUUUCCCAUGUUCGGCUCAUCAUUCUUCUACAUACAGAGCAGCAGCAACGCUGCUAUCAACACCCCGUGUGUACUGGCUGUCAAUCAAAAUGGUCUGAACUUUCUAAGCAAAGAGACUCAUGAGCCGAUGGUGAAGUUCCCGUUGAAGGAGGUCCAGUCCACACGGACACAGAGGCCCACAGCUGGCUCCAGUUACCCGUACGUGGAGAUAAUGCUGGGUGACCUAAUGUCUCAACGCAUUACACAGUUACAGCUGGACCAGAGCCUUGAGCUGUGCCGUGUCAUCGCCAUGCAUGUGGAGAACCUGCUGUCCGUACGGGAGAAGAGACUUACUCUGCCGCCCAGUGAAAUCACACUGCUCUAGCACGCCUUCUCACUGUUUUAUAUUAGUACUUUUAUGGCAAUAAUUGCAAUCAGACACUAUUAAACUCACGUCCAAAGCCAGCUGUCAUCAUUGAUAGUGCAAUAUGUCUGUUUGCAAUUUAACCAAGUUUUAGGAUUAGCUUGUUAUUCGCAACAAUUUGCAUGCUUUCCAUUAGGUUGAACAUAUGGUCCCAUAGUUUAAAACACUAUAUUUCUAUUCUACCUCUAGCUCCGAACACAUGAUCAGCAAGAAUAUUUUUUAUGAGAGAGAAAGAGUAAUAAAACAAUGUAGCCACUGUUUUUGAAGUUGCACUACUUGAGACUGUUAUGAUUUAAAUAUUUAUGCAAUGUUUUUAUUAUGUUUAAUUCUCUAUGUGGACGAAAAAUGCACUAUGUAGUAUGCACAAUGAAUGUAGUUGGUAUAAAAUGAAGACUUUUAAUAAAAUAAAUCACAGCUGUA